AUGGCUGCCUACGUUGCACCUGUAGUGCCCUCGACCGCCGUCUUCAAAGACGGUCUCUUCGACGGCAAGGUCCUCUUCUGCACCGGCGGCGGGUCUGGGAUAUGCAAAGCGAUGACUGAGGCCGUGAUGCGACACGGUGCCAACGCGACCAUCGUCGGGCGCAAACUUGACCGCCUGACCGCCUCAGCAGCGGAGCUCGCGAAGGCUACCGGACGAGAGUGUCUCCCCGCCCAGGCAGACGUCAGAGACCCAAAGCAGGUGCACGACGCGGUCGCGAAGACGAUCGCCAAGUUCGGGCGCAUCGACUAUGUCAUCUGCGGUGCUGCCGGAAACUUCCUCGCUCCCAUCUCUGGCCUGUCCGAGAACGGGUUCAAGACCGUUGUCGAAAUUGAUACGUUUGGGACGUACAACACCAUCAAGGCCACCCUGCCCCACGUGCGCGCGUCCAAGGGGUCGUACAUCCACGUCAGCGCUACGCUCCAUUACAGAGGCACCCCGUACCAAAUACACGUCUCGGCCGCGAAAGCCGCGGUGGAUGCUAUGUCUGCCGUCCUCGCCGUCGAGGAAGGUCCGCACGGCGUACGCUCAAACGUGAUAGCCCCGGGCGCGAUCGCCAACACCGAGGGUGCCUCCCGGCUGAUGGUCAAGAACACCGAGUACGCCGCGCCGGCCGGGCGCAUCGGAGACGUGCUCGACGUUGCGAACGCGACGAUCUUCCUCUUCAGCGGCGCUGCGGCGUUUAUCUCGGGCCAGAUCAUCGUUGUCGACGGCGGAUACGAGCAUGUGCGCUCUUCGUGGGUGCCCUAUCCCCAAUCGGUGCUCGACCCCGCAUCCUUCCAGGCGUCGAUGAAGCCGCGGUUGUAA